AGGUAUUGAAAGGAGGGAGUAGUUACACCAGAGGACGGCUCAGGGGGAAAGAAGGAUAGCAGUUAAAGAACAACAAAAAUACAACUGAGAUCCAGAAUCGCCCUCAUGGCAUGGGGGAAUGACAUGAUCGCUGAUCUGAUUGGUGGGUGUGCUGUCAAUCAUCUGUCAAUUGCAUCGUGAGGGCGGGGUUUCACCUUGGCUGUGGAAGGAGUGCAGGACUGUUAAUUCAACCAACUCUGCUAACCGCAGCUGGACCAUGUCACGGCUCAAAGGAACCCCAUGGAUACGUCUCACCAUGGUUCAUCCACUGGCUACUCUACGCCUUUUUACCUGCAUUGUGCUUGCGGGUGCUUGGCUGGCCAUUGCACGGGCCCAGCAGCACCCUAUUGUCACGACAAACUACGGCAAGCUAAGAGGCUUGAAAACGGCUCUGCCCAAUGAGAUUCUAGGGCCUGUGGAACAGUAUCUGGGGAUUCCCUAUGCCCUCCCGCCCACUGGGGAGAGAAGGUUUCAGCCCCCCGAGCCCCCCAUGUCGUGGCCAGGGAUUCGAAAUGCCACACAGUUUGCUCCUGUUUGUCCUCAGUUUCUGGAAGAUCGUUUUUUACUCAAUGAUAUGUUACCCGUAUGGUUCACUGCCAACUUGGAUACCAUUGUAACCUACGUACAAGAUCAAAGCGAAGACUGCCUGUACUUAAACAUUUAUGUUCCCACGGAGGAUGACAUCCAUGAUGAGAAUGGGCUGAGACCUGUUAUGGUGUACAUCCAUGGUGGGUCCUACAUGGAAGGUACAGGCAAUAUGAUUGACGGCAGCAUUCUGGCCAGCUAUGGAAAUGUAAUAGUGGUGACCCUGAACUAUAGGCUGGGAGUGCUGGAUUGUUACUUCUCUUAUUGA